AUGAAUUGCAUAUUUUUUCUGUUGUCUUUUAAAAAAGUGAUAUCAUCUCAUUUUAAUACACAUGAACAAAUUUAUAAUCUUAAUCAUUCAAUGAUGUCUUUAUUGGAGGAUAAGAAACGUAAAGAUAAUGAUGUAGAAAUUCAAAUAAGAUCUAAUAAAAGAUUAAGAAAUGAGAAUAAAAUUGACAUGACUGCUGAUAUCGAUAAAGGUAAGUUAAACCUAGAAAGUGAAAAGUUAUCGGCAAAGGAGUUACAAAUCGUUGCAUCUACUAAUGAAGAAUUGGAACAAUGUAAAACUAUAAAACGCGUUAGUAUGUAUGAUAGUGCUGUAAAGCCACUAACUAAUAAUUAUAACAGCCUUAUGGAUGCUUAUUGCAUUGAAACAACAAGUUUUGGGUCUACAGAACCUUUAGAUUUGAGCUGCAAGUCUAAAAAUAAUCUUGCUUCUUCACUUUCAAAUGCACGAUCAUUAGGUGGUGCCGAUCUUUACAAUUUCAUCAGGACAGAUGAUAUGGAUAAAAAAGUAGAUUCUAGCUUUCCCGAGGCUUUAAAAAAUACUAUAAAUACUAAUGUCAAUAAAUUUCAGAAUACUGGCGUUGAUACAAACACAAGCGAGGUACUUAAAUGUACUUCUAUGAUGUCUUGUUUUGAUUGUGAACAUUCAUUUUUUGCACCACAUUGCAGUACAAUUUAUUGUGUCGAACAAGAACUUUCAAAGUUAUUUGAUAAGCUUGAAAAAAAGUUUUUUAAUUUAGUACAAGCUAGAAAUUUACCUGAAUUCAAUCAGAUUUGCUUUUUAGACGCUAGAAAUAUGCCAGAUAAUGAUAUUUUUUGUUUAAGAAAAAUUAGAUUAUCUUACUACAAUAAAUUAAAUUAUACGAAAAGAAAAAUUGAAAACUGUAUUACAAUAAUUUCAGAACAACUAAAAUAUCAACAAAUACCAAUGCAUCGUUAUAAUUUAAUAGGAAAAGUUAUAAAUUUUACUAUUCAAGUUUUUGCCUUUAUUAAUGAUUUUAACUUUUAUUUCAACAAAAAGCUCUUUAACUUUUCUAAUGUUAGCAAUAGGCUAAGAUAUCAACAAUAUAAAUUUACAACAUUUUUUUCAGAUUCAAGUUUGAAAGAAAUGAUUACUUUAGUCGAAAAAUUACUCUGUCAAGACAGCCAUUUUGAUCAUGUUAAAGGAGCCGACUUAAAAAAAAAUCUUGAAAGUUUAGGCACUCAUAUUGUAUAUAUUAUUGAACAUUUAAAAUUCUAUAUUCAUGAUCUAAAUGAGUAUAAAAAAAUCUUCAUGAAUUUCUUUUAA